CACAUGCAAAGAGAAAGCAACAAAAUCACCAACCCAAAUGCUAACACUUUCAUUCAUAACACUUCACACAAACACUCUUCUCCAUUUCCAGUCCUUUCACAUUCAUUUCAUCAUCUUCCUAAUGACAUUCAAACGCCUUCACACUCUCCUUCUCUUUCUCCUCCUUGCCUCCUAUUUUUCCCAUUUUGCCCUCGCCGGAAAGCGCAAGGUCCACAUCACCGACGACUUGGACGACGUCUUCGACGACGAGGAGGACGAUGCGUGGAAGGAAUGGGGCAAGAAACCUCAACCCUCUUUUCCCCCCUCCGAUAUUUCCAAGAUGGAUCCCUCGCAGAUUCAGGAGGAGAUGAAGAAGCGCCAUUCCGGACCUGUCAUUGGAUUCGUCAAGCUCCGACUUGGGGUUCGCCGGUCUCCGGACAUGGUAGCUGAAUUUGCCAUGAAAUGGACACAUAUCCUGAGAACUGGAGCGGUUGGAGUAAGGUUUAUGGGUGUUGAUCUGAAUACAAUCAUGUUCAACUUGGAAAGCAUCAAAGACUUGGAGGAGUUGAAGGAAUUUGUCUUGGACCAAUCAGAGGCGUAUGAGAUUAAAAUGGGGGAUGAAUUUUUUAGAAGACCUGGAGAUCCACCUCUAGAUGAAGUUAUUGAGAAGCUCAACAGUGAGAAAGCGAAAGCAGAGAAUGCUGAUACAGAAGAAAUUGAUCAAAAUGAUAAAACGGAGUUGUAACAAUCGGUAUAAUAGACAUAUUUCUAUAGAAGUUGAGAUAAAGCAGUUGAGUCACUCAUUUUCAAUCAUUUUCAAUGAUUUACGAGUCUUCUUAAAUUUUUAGUCCUUCUUUCCUCUUUUAAUUACUCUGAUAAACUGCUUCUCAAUGAGAGUGAAGUAAUAAUCACCUUUCCUGCA